AUGUCGUCAAAUAGUACGGAUUCAUUCAAGAAGUCGACGGAGUCGGAAAGUGGAUCCAACAAUGCUCAACAUCAAAGUGAAUCUCAAAAGCCGGGAGAAAAUGCAGACAGAAACAAGUCGAAUAAAACCUCUAAUGAAUCUCAAGGGAACUGUUACUGCGGGAAAGAUCGAAAUCUAAAUAUUGCAGAGUUGCUGUGUGCUUCUUGUAAUCGAUGGUUUCAUGAAUCUUGCAUUGGUUACCAGCUUGGCAAGUUGGUACCAUUCAUGACAAACUAUUUGUUUAUUUGCAAGAACUGCUCUCCGACUGGACUAGAAACAUUUAAAAAGAAUCAAGCUCCAUUCCCGCAGAUGUGUCUGACAGCCAUUGCAAACUUGCGUCAGGAGUCAGCGAAGGAAGGCACCAACAGACUCCUGUUCAGCAAAGACCGGGAGAUCAUACCGUACAUAGACCAGUAUUGGGAAGCUAUGACCACCAUGCCAAGGAGAGUGACCCAAUCCUGGUAUGCAACAGUUCAGAGAGCUCUUAUAAAAGACAUUCAAGUUCUGUUUACUUAUGAAGAAGACGCUAAUCAAGGUCCUAUGUUUGGCUUGUACAAUAUGGAACUAACAGCUAUCAAGCCUAAUUACGAAGCUAUGAUCAAACAAGGGCAGCUAAAAGUUACUGAUAUGGGAAUAGCUACAAUUCCGUUGGCAGGUAAUGUGAAGGGUAGACAGGGGAAGCGCCGGCCGGCUGUGGGCGGGGCUACUGACACAGGCGCUCCAGUCGGAAAGAAGGGUCGCACUGCUGACUUAGGCGCUUUGAAGCUACCUUCACAUGGCUACCCUACAGAACAUCCAUUCAACAAAGAUGGCUACCGUUAUAUUCUGGCUGAACCUGAUCCACAUGCACCUUUUAGACAGGAGUUCGAUGAGAGCAACGAAUGGAGUGGCAAACCGAUCCCCGGUUGGUUGUACCGGUCACUAUGUCCUGGUAUAGUACUACUGGCACUGCACGACCGCGCGCCGCAGCUCAAGAUAUCCGAGGACAGACUCGCGGUCACUGGCGAUAGAGGAUACUGCAUGGUGCGAGCGACACAUGGUGUAUCUCGCGGCAGUUGGUACUGGGAGGUGUGUGUAGAGGAGAUGCCGGAGGGCGCGGCCACUCGGCUCGGCUGGGGACGACGGUAUGCCAACCUGCAAGCACCGCUAGGAUACGACAAGUUCGGGUAUUCAUGGCGUAGUCGGAAGGGAACUAGGUUUCACGAGUCUAGAGGCAAGCACUACAGCAAUGGGUACGGCGAGGGCGACACGCUAGGUUUCCUUAUCGUUUUGCCACAGAGUGCCACCACUAAAUAUACGCCGAAUACUUAUAAGGACAGGCCACUAGUAAAGUUCAAGAGCCAUCUCUAUUACGAAGAUAAGGAUAACAUACAAGAAUCUCUAAACAAUCUCAAACCUUUACCUGGGAGUAAGAUCUAUUACUUCAAGAAUGGAGAAUGUCAAGGCGAAGCAUUCCUGGACAUUUACGAAGGCUGCUACUAUCCUACUGUGUCAUUGUUUAGGAAUGUCACAGUCAGCGUGAACUUUGGACCUAAUUUUAAACAUGCACCGUCUAGCGAGUUUACGUAUAGACCGAUGUCAGAAAAAGCAGAAGAAGCUAUCUGCGAGCAGACCAUGGCAGACUUGCUCUACCUGACUGAAAAUGAGGGCAAGCUACGAUUGGAUAAUUUCAACCUCUGA